GCUACCACAACAUCAUCGCGGGACGACACUCGCACAGCAACUUUUUGAUCAUCAGCUUCAUCCUCCUCUUCAUCCUGGCACUCAAGUCGGUAUUACGCGGCCGUACAACGAAGGUGCUCCCGCUUGUUAGAUCUCUAUCAUCGGCAUAGUCCUCAUAUCCUCGCAAGAUGGCGUCAACCUCUUCGCUCGAAGUUGCUCGAGCGACACACGAGGAGAUCGACAGGUAUGAGUCCGCGCUGGUGGACCUGCUUCUGGUCCCCGCUUCAACUCACAAAGAAGCGCUGACAAGGUCUCACAAAGCUAGCGAGGUCCUCGAUAGGAUCGUGGAGCGCGCGCACAAUCUGUCCGAGUUUUACAAUGGGGACGGAUCAGCGAAGCGGGGGAGAGAAGAGGAAUUGAAAGAUGUGCUGGAGGGACAGCCAGACGAUGAGGAAGGCGACGAGGCAGACGAUAAGCCCAUGGAUCCUACCUUGAAGAACUUCUACUCCAGGUUGAAGAAAGUCAGAGAAUACCACGAAAGGUAUCCUGGUGCACUACCCGACGCCUUCUCUUUGGACCUGUCAAGCCUGACUGGCGUGAGCAGGGAAGAGGAAGCAGCGGGAGGCGUCGCUGCUGGACCAGACUUCUUGGACCGAAUGUUCAGCGGCGAAGAGGCAUUGGGCCGAUAUCUAGACUUGUAUACACAUCACGAGGCGUUCGUCAAUCUCAAAGGCGUGAAGAGAUUACCUUAUGUCAAGUACCUGGGAGAGUUUGAAAAGCUCGCGGGAGUCGAGUCACGGGUGCCAGCAGAGACGAAAAAGAGCGAAGCUUACAGGCGCUACGUCGCCAAUCUGUCCGAUGCGCUCUUCACUUUCCUGCGACGGACAAGACCGACCUCGGACGUGGACUGGAUUGAGCUAUCUGCUUUGGCAGAUUUCGAGGGAGAUUGGGACGCGUGCAAAGUACCAGGCUGGGAGGAUCAGGGAAGCGGCCUCUGCAAGUCUGGUGCAGCUCAGAAGAGGCAAGCGCCCCAAAGUGGCGCUGUGGAUGAGGGCAUUUGGUGCGAGGCCUGCAAGCGGACGUUUGCGAAGCAGACGGUUUUUGAUGCGCAUUUGAAAGGGGGCAAGCACCAGAAAGCAGCGGCAAAUUUGGCAGCUGGCAAUGCCCAGAUAUCCACACCUUCGGGCGGCGCAUCUGGUCCCAAUGCGAGCGCGUCAGAAGCGGCUGCAUUGGAAGUGGCGAAGCAAUUGGCCAGGUGUAAAGCGCUAGCGCGCACAGAGGUUUUGAUACGUGCUCUUGCCUCCCAUCUUGGAGAAGUCGUCGCGGAGACGAGAGCGAAUGUGGAGCGCAGAGCAGCUUUGACGGAUGCCGAGAGGCAAGCCGAGGCGGAGGCGGCCGUGCUGGGUAUGGAGGACUCGGGCGCACUGCCUACUGGCACUGGAGAUGCCGAGCUGGCAGAUCAAGACGCGAACGGAGACGACGAGAACGAUGACAAGAUUUACAAUCCGCUCAAGCUGCCACUUGGAUGGGAUGGAAAACCCAUUCCAUACUGGCUCUACAAGCUGCACGGACUUCGAGUCGAGUAUCGAUGCGAGAUAUGCAGCGAUUAUAUGUAUCAGGGACCCAAAAAUUUUGACAGACACUUCUCGGAAUCAAGGCAUGCCUUUGGAAUGCGCGCUCUGGGUUUGCCGAACACGAAACACUUCCACGGCAUCACCAAGAUUGAGGACGCCCUUGCUUUGGCGGAGAAACUCAAGAAGCAAGGCAAGCAGCAGACGGAGGCGGAAAACGAUGCUGAAGAAGUCGAAGAUGAGCACGGCAACACGUAUACAAAACGGACGUACGAACUGCUGAAACGACAAGGCAUCAUCUGACUCGCAUCGUGUUGUCCUCGCGUAAUCGUGUCUCUGCAAUCAAAGCAAUUUAACGCUUGCGUGC